CAAAUGCAAACCUAUGCUUCUGAAUUAACCGACCUCCGCGUUUUCUUUCUUCCAAUGGCCUCCCCUGUUCAGCGGGGGGGGGGGGACCUUUAGAACGAGUCGACUCUCGACGUCCCGUUACGUCUCAGCCGGGCGGAAGAGCCGCGGGAGCUCUCGCUACUGUUUUUACUUCCGCCCGGCAGUGCGUGGGAAGAACAGAAGCUGCUUUGCUCCUUCUCCCUGUCUGAGAGAUGCUGGGAGUCGGUCGAGAACCGCUGAAUGGGGAAGCAACAAGCAUGAACUCAGAUUCUAAAGAGCAAGAUUUGAUACAUGAAGAGUUCACUUACAUUUCUGGAGCCCUGACACAGAUUCUCAAGUGUGGCCCUUGGGAAGAUCUCUGGAAUGAUAAAAGUGCACCCAGAGUUCUAUUUCUCGUUAUCCCUGGUAAUCCAGGAUUGGUUGGCUUUUACCGGACAUUCAUUGAGGCUUUAUAUUUUAGCCUGAAUCAGCAGUAUCCCGUGUGGGUCGUUAGCCAUGGUGGACACUGUAAAAUUCCUCAUGAAAUCAAAAGAAAAGAAGAGAUGGUUUCGAAUGACACCGAUGAUGUUUUUGGGCUUCAAGGACAAGCUGAACACAAGUUGAAAUUCCUCCGAAAGUUUGUGCCAAAAGAUGUGAAGCUCAUACUUAUUGGACACUCAAUUGGCAGUUAUUUGGCUCUUAAAAUUAUGAAGCAUUCACCAGAAGUGGAGAUUCUCCGCAGCAUCCUGCUCUUCCCUACGAUAGAACGCAUGGCACAAUCCCCACAAGGCAAGCUCCUGACUCCCCUGCUCUGUCAUCUCCGUUAUAUUCUGUACAUACCUAUAUAUUUGUUCACCCUUUUACCAGAAAGAGUUAAAAGCUUCUUGGUCCCCUUUGCACUGAAUUGGCAGAAACUGAAUGAUGAAACUGUAGUAACGACAUUGGUGGACAUGCUUAACAUGGACUGUAUUGCAAACAUCAUGUACCUGGGAAGCCAAGAAAUGAGAAGUGUUCAGGAACGAGACAGUUCUACAAUAAAGCAGCAUUUAAAUAAGCCUGACUCUCAAAACAAUAUAAUGGAAACAAGAAAUGACAAUAUCAGCCGGAACAAAAGAAAAAAGAAUAAGCUGUUAACCUCAGCAGACUCCGAUACGUCCCACCAACCCAGCAAACGGGGCACCAGCUAUUCUGGCCCAAGGUGUAGAACAACCCUUGUAGUCCUUCAGGCUGGGAGCCACACAGAUCUCAGGGAGCCUCAUUCUUGAUGGCAGGUGCUGCAACAGAGAAGGUGCAUUUCCUAGAUACUGAUAAAUGAUGUUAUUUCAUCCAAAGACUCCAGAGCAUCCCAACUCUUAUCAGCUGAAAUCGGCCAGCCACACACCACAGGAGAAAGGCAGCCCCUCAAAUCACCAGGCCCUAAGCCAUGCUGUUGACCCCUUGUACUGAGCUACAUGAAUGAAUGGUUUGACUCUGUGUGGUAUAACUUCCCGUGUUCCUAUAAUAAGUGGCCAAUAAAAGAAAAGAGGUGAAGCCAUCUACAAGUGCCAAAGUCCUGCAUGUGCAAGUAACUAACUGUGUGGGAGGAAAUUUAUUGGGCCUUGGUCCAAGGUCGUUCAUAAAGAUGAAGUGUUUUGCUAUGCAACAUUUUAAGUCAAAAUGCCUUUGGAAGAAACAACUCCUACUCCUCCUCUUCCGCCUCCUCCUCUUCCUUUUCCUCCUCCUCUUCCCUCUAAUUUAAUCUUGUUCUUUUUUUUUUCCCAUCUUAUUUCAUUAUAUGAGCAUAAAGAAAAAUUGCCCAGUGAAGCAGCCAAAACCAAUUUUGAGUUGAUUUUAUUGAAACAGUUUGUCUACUAUUGCCCAGGGUUGCUGUUGUUGUUUUUUUAAUCCAAUGUCCAAAGCUGUCCAUAGCAGUCUAAUAGUUAUUGCCCUUGAAAGAUUCAUAAUCUGGAAAGCAGCAGUAUGGAAGACACUACAAGAGCAGACUUUCUUCCCCCAGCCAGAGUAAAUUAUUUCCCUCCAGUUUGGAAAAUCCUUCAAAUACGCUGCAUGUAUAAGCCUAAAACAACUUCUGCAGCCAGGAACACCUUUCAUUUGGGCAGCUCUUAGAUGUUUUUUGGACAGUGUAUUGCUGAGGUCCAAAGUUAGAAAAGCAGCCCGGGAGGAUUUUGCUAUAUGUAGCACUUACCUAUGCUUUAUCCUACUUAGCAGUGCCAAUUUAAUCCUUUUGUGACCAAACCUCAAUAAUAGAAUUGAAAAGGAGGGAGGACAGCAGAAAGUAAAACAGAGUUGUUACAGUAAGUGUGGUUUCUUGGGCUACAUUUGGCCACUUAGACAUGUUUUAACAACUUACUUCCGCAGAAGGUCUCACAUUCAUAUUCCAAAUUUGCAAAGUCCUGUAGAUCAGCCUUCCCUAAGCCGGUGGCCUCCAGAGCUGUUGGACUUCAGUUUCUGUAGUUCAUAGCAAUUUGGCCAUAGUGUCUGGAAAACUGAGGAUACUUGUAGGCCACCAGGUUAGGAAAGGUUUCUGUAUCAACUUGCAGUCAAUUAAAUGUGCAGUACUGUACAGUACUGUUAAAUAAUGAAUAUUCUAGUCAGGUUGCAGCAUAUAUUACUAAGCGCAAAGUAAAAUUGAUUCAGCUCAUAAUAGAGCAUUAAUGAACAAAAAAGGGUUUCUUUUAAAAGAAGUUUCCAUAUUAAAUUACUAUUCAAGACAUUUGAUGCCAAGGUAUGAAAUUCGUAAUAGUAAAUUGCAUUAUUCUUCAGUUGUACUCUAAGUCUGCUGUAUAAUAAAAUGACCUUACAGUACUUAUCUCUCCAUUUGGUGGUGGAGAGGGACAGUGAUCAAUGAAGACUCCUUUUCUCCUAUCAUUCUAUCUGUCCCUCCAUCCGCCACUGCGUUGCAAUCCCAUAGGAUUUACCUUUUUUUACAGGAAUAUCCAUGAUCGAUAUAAAACCAUAACAGAAGCUCUGAAACAUAUGAAAACCGAGCCAAGUCAGUAAAAAGAAGCAGAAAUUAUAUCGAUAUUUUACAUUAGCCUCUGCCAUCCUGAUGUAGUACGAAAUGCAUUGGGCUGCAAGUCCUAUCAUUCCUAAAUUAGUAGCAGUAGGGCACUUGAGUGUGAAGCAUUUGGAGAGGAAUAGCAACACUUAAGCUUGCAUCCAGUGAUAAUGCAUUAAAUACAAAAUACAAAAUAGAAGCAUUAGAUUUCUUUAUAACCAUUACUUUUGGGGCGGCAUGGGGGGGACUGGAGUCAAAAAGUGAAGGGAAAAAAAACCCACAAGGGAAUGAAAGAAAAGUAAUUUAUAUGUUAAUGACUCAAAAAUCAGAUUUCACCCAUUUUGCCUAUUUUAUGAAGUGUUAGACCAGCAUACUAUCUUUGGAUUAAUGAUGAAGAUACAGAACAUGAGGAGGGAAAGAGAGACAAGGGGUUUGUGAGAAACUGAAUGAGAAAAGAUAGCAAAUAAACAUCCUCGCCAAUGUCCCAAAGAUGCUUUUUCAAGAGAUAACUAACAUAGGAGAACAAACCCAUCAGGAUAAGAUUCAGCAGUCCAUCUACAUUUAAAAGUCAAAGGCCACUCUUUCGAAAACAGCAAAGCUUGGACAGAGAGGACCGCUGGUUUGAAAGAGGGGUGAAACAGGCCGUCUGUGUCAAAAUGGAGCAGCCCUCUCUCAACAGAGCGGGAGGGAUAUGAUAUCCUCUAUCUCCAGUCUACAACACAGUCCUUUCAGCAGUUCCAAGAAGGCUCCACACCCAUUUGCGCUACUCAGGUGACCCUGAAAACCCAGAUAAACCUCCAAGUGGCCUCAAGGACUCUCUAAAAGAAUACAAAUGACCAGCUAAAUCCUUCCAUUCCUCAAUAUCCAGUCAGAGCUGAAGCAGCUUCUUGGAUGAAACAUUUUCAAAGAAAAACAAGAAAGCCCAACUGCCUUUCGAAAAAGCACAUUUGGAACAACUAUGACAUGGAUGACUGAGAAUCUCCAUAGACAUCACUACCAAUCUUUGAGUUAAUAAAUAAGUCUAAGGAUGAAAAACUUGGAUAGGUACAUUUUUUUUAAUUAAAUGAGAAGGCAAUAGGGCCAUUGCCAUUGUCUCUCCCAGGCUUUUUUAAUGACAAAUGUUGCCAUAGGCAGAACCUUCUUUUUGUCUGAAUUUAUGUCUGAAUUAUACUUAGGCUUAUUUGAGCAUUGACUGCUUUGAAAAUAUAUUUGGUCCCAAAGUCUGAUGCAUGUAAUAUGAUUCUACUGCUGUGAAUUUUUUACACCUGAACUGAAGGCACUGAGAACUCUAUACCUCUCAGACAUUUAGAGGUUUUCAAUUCUUUUAUUGGACUUUUGGCAACCACACAACAGGCAGAAAUAUUUUUUUAGGGAUAUUUUUAACACAUUUUUGUUAGGAUUGACACUUUCUUUGAGAGGCCUUAGUUUUAAUGGCAUAGGGUCACUGUAGGAAAUAGCUGCUUUCUUAGAAAUGCUGAAACAUCCUGUCGAUAACAAUCUCAACUAACUGCCAUCAUAUUGGGCAUAUUUAUGAAAAAUUAAAUACAUAUUCACUUUACAAAAGUUUGUGAGAGAAUCCUUUGAAGAGUUUUCCAUUUCAUUUUUAAAACAUACUAAUGAUACAAUAUCAAGAAAGUUUACUGAAGUUAAAUCUGGAUAGUGGUGAUGCUGGUGAUAAUGCUAAUUAAUAUACAUAGUAGAUUGUGUUGGACUGUGUUUUUAUUAUUAUGGAAACAGUCUAUAUUAGAGGGGGGUUUCUGACAAGCUUUUCAACAGAUGUAUAUGUGUAAAAUUCACACUUCAAUCAUAUUGCCGUCCUAAUUAUUUUGUGCUCUUAGGAACAAAGAUAUGGAAUCUAGGCCCCUUCAAAAUGAUGCUAGAUUUGAACUACCAUCAACUGCAGCCAUUACAGAUAGUCCUCGACUUAUGAUCACAAUUGAGCUCAAAAUUUAUGUUGCUAAGCGAGACAGUUGUUAAGUAAAUUUUGCCCCAUUUUAUGACCUUUCUUGCCACAUUUGUUAAGUGAAUAUGGUUUCCUCAUCGACUUUGCUUGUCAGAAGGUCAUAAAAGGUGAUCAAAUGACCCCAGGAUAUUGCAACCGUCAUAGAUACAUGCCAGUUGCCAAGCAUCUAAAUUUUGAUCACCUGAUCAUGGGGAUGCUGCAAGUUGUAAGUGAAAAAUAAUGUCACUUUUUUUCAGUGCCAUUAUAACUUACAACAGCCACUAAAUGAAUGGUUGUAAGUCAAUGACUACCUGUAUCUCUAUCAUUAGUUCCCAAACAAGACAUGUUGGAGGAGGAGGAAGCAUAAACGUGGAAAGAAUAGGGUGUUUCAUUGGUGCUUGGAGAAAAUGAACAUUAACCAAAACUGUUUUAAUUGUGUUGGAAAUCAUUUUGGUCUAAAUUUGAGCCAGAUAGCCAGCAUGGCCUGGUGAUCAAGAUGGUUGUUACGUCCUCCUCGCCUCCGUCCGAACGAUGGCUUAAUUAGCCGGCUCUUAUCAGCUCUGGCAGCAAAAGAGCCAGCGUCUGCCAAGAGCCCUCGUUGGCUGCCAAGACACUGGUGAGUCACAACCUUCAGCUCUAGUCAGUCUGUGGAUUUGCCUGAUACAAAGAGACGCGCCAGCUCUUGCUGCCUUUUAUAUCCUGUGGGGUAUGGCUCCAUGACUCAGCAUUUCCUAGGCCUGCCCCUCCCCUGCUUCUGUUGUUCUCUUCUCUCCUGCCUACGAAACCUGGGAUUGAGCCAAGCCUGAUUGCUGUCAGCUGGGUCUGCAGGCGUGGCCGGGGAGGGGGAAGAGUCAGGAGAAGGAGGCCUCGUUAUCUCUUUCGCUUGGCCUGCUUCUGGCUCCUGGAGCUGAUCCGGUGCUUCUGAGGUAAGUCCUGAUGGCCCUUCCCCCUCACUGUCCAAGUCACUUUCUGGCAGCAGGCCCAGCUCCAAGGCACUUUCGGGCAUGGGGCCAGGUUCGGGGGCGGGAGCCACAACAGUGGUAAACUAGAACCUUAAUUCUAAUAUUUUUUCACCUUUGAAAGUUCAGUAAAUGACUCUGGACCAGUCAUUCUCAGCCCCUCGCCCCCUCACAGGUGCACUAUGGGGAAGAGUAAGAGGAUGGAUUCAUUGUAUGCCACCUUAAGCUCCUGUACAAUGGGCAGCAUAUAAAUCAAAUAAGAGCAGUUUUUGUUAUAACUAUGGUGGUAGAGGCAAGAGGUCAGCGGUGCAAAAGGAAGCACUCACCUAAAUUCAAAGAAUGGAUUUGAUGUCUCAGCACAGGAGAAUCAACCAACAACAUGAAGUAGAAGCUGAUCAUCUAAAAGAAUUGUCCCAGAAGUUUAUAACUAUACCUCAUGGGCUUAGUGUUAUAAUGGGUUGGGAAGAACUGAAGCAUAAGGAAGGCAAAAGGCAGAGAUUGUGUUCAUGCAGGAUCUCUGCAACCCAGAAAGAAGAAACUUGCCUUUUUCAGUAUAGAAUGGCUCCUAUUGGUGAUGAAAUUUUUUCAAGGUCAUGGAAUCCACAAGUUUUUAAUUACACAGACAGAGAUAACCUGCAAGCAAAGCACAAGAUGUCAGGAUGUUUUCCUUGGGCAGUCUGGAUCUACUCUUAUUUUCUUUGUUCACUUUUCUUCUGGGCUGUGACACCCAGUUCAUGUUUUGGAGGAAAGGGUUCACCUUCCUUCCCUGCAUGCUGAGAUCCCAGUGAAAAAUCCUUCCCUAUCUGCAGCUGCUAUUUAUUUAAAAGUUUUUUUAAAAAAAAAAAAAUUAAAAAACCCUGACAAAAUGACGCAUUUAGUAGGAUGUCUGAUUUGGCCCUAAAAGUACAAACAAAAGCAACUGGAAAGCUCAACGGCCCAUACUAAGUUUGUUUGUUUUGACGAUGGUUUACCACCCAGAGUUAAUGGUUUGAGAUAGGUGGCUAUACAAAUGGAAUAAGUAAAUAAAUAAACACCCCAUACUAAGUUGCUUGCUUGGAAACAAAUCCUAUUGAUCCUCAGGUUCCAGUUUUUACAUCUAAGACUUUUGUUUUGCAUCCAACUUGAAGAAGCAGGAGGACUAAACUUCCUGGAUUUUCCUGGCAGAUUUCUGCCUGUAGAUUGGCUAGAUAAGCAGAAGUAAAAAAAAAAAAAAUCCACUGCACUCUCCACCUGUUAUGUUGCUUGCGGAUAAAUAUCCUCCCAAUCAAAGGCUAUUAUCCUUAGUGUCAAAUUGGGUUACUAAGCAAUACAAUAAUUCUCAGUAGGUCUCUCUUGAUUGGUUGAAAAGCAUCUUACAACUUCAGUAAUCUCCACUGAAGAAAUUCUGACCAUUGACAUUUAUUACCUAAGUAUUUCUAAUACAUAUAUACGAUGUUUUAUAAUCUACUGUGGUAUGCCAUGACUCUUGAAUUUCUCUUUGGAGCGUGGAUAUUAUUCAUGUCUUCAUUUUUAUCUGGUAAUUGGAUUUAGCCCUGGUCUCUUUCUUUUCCUCCCACCAUCUUUAAUUUAAGACAGAUCUCUAUUU